CUUCACUGACUGAGAAUUUGGAGAAUGCCUCCCGUGGCGACAAGGACAGGCCAAAGACAGCUCAAUCAAAACAAAGAAAAAGACAACAAGAGCCAUGCGGUGCUUUCAGAAGGACAGCUGACUAUUAUGGCUCCCCUCCCAUUGCAAGCAGACGCGGACAAAAGAGGAGGAGGAAUCCCGGUUGAGCAGCACUCCUCUGGCCAUGCUAGCAGCCACUUGCAGCAGAAUAGGCGAGUCAAGUCCCUCCUGCUCCCCUGCACUCUCCGACGGGCCUACUGGACUCACCAAGGGCUUCCACCCAUGGAAAAGAAGCGUCCCGGGCUCCAGCAACUUGUCCACUUGCCUCACCUCCCUCGGGGUGCCCCCUGUGACCUCCAGGAGUAACGGGGUGGGAUUUUCCGAGUCUUCAAGUGCCUUCUCGGUGACCAACACCAAUCUAUUUGGGAAUGAUGUUCCGACGUUCCAGAACUCAGGGCGGGGUGACACCGGUGUUUUUGAUCCGACCCAUUCACAGCGACCCAUGCUCUUCACCAAGCUGCCAUCAUCAGUGGAAGGUAUUCCACAUGGGAUCUACCCACGGCUCCCCACCCAUCCGUAUGAGUCGUGGUUUAAGCCCAUGGGAGAAGUCGGGAACGGGGCAUCUUCCUGGUGGGACGUGGGGACCACUUGGGUGGACGCUCAGAACCCAGCAGUGGUGCCCUCGUCUCUGGGUGGCUACUCUGAGCACAGCUCCACCUUCAGCUCCGGUGCCGCUCAACAGCAUGUCCUCCCCGGCACGCAGCACUUGUUUGACGGCUUCAGGCCACUCGCCGCCGCCGCCUCCUCCUCGGAGUCCGGCACUCCCGUAGCCUCCGCGGGGAGCCCGAUCGUACCUGUGCCGGCAACUUCCCGCUCCUCCUCUCGACGAUACACCGGAAGAGCCACCUGCGACUGCCCCAACUGCCAGGAAGCGGAGAGGCUCGGUCACGGCGCUGCGAGCCCCCGACGAAGGGCCCUGCACAACUGCCACAUUCCGGGAUGCGGAAAGAUUUACGGAAAGACGUCCCACCUCAAGGCUCACCUCCGCUGGCACACCGGGGAGAGACCCUUCGUCUGCAACUGGCUCUUCUGCGGGAAACGCUUCACGCGGUCCGACGAGCUCCAGCGGCACCUGCGCACUCACACCGGAGAGAAGCGCUUCGAGUGCGGCGUCUGCCACAAGCGCUUCAUGCGCUCCGACCACCUGGGAAAACACAGCCGGACGCACGGCGACGAAGCGGGAGUCGGUAAAUCUAACAGUGACACGGACAACAGUGUCGCGGGAAGUCCUAGCCAGUCCCCGGAGAUACAAGGGACUGUCCACGCUAACAAGGUGAAAUAAACUGCAUACUGCAUAUAGUACAUACUGUAUACGGAACUGAGAAAUGGCACUUUAUGAUGAAUGUCAGCAGCGGUUGAACACACUUACCUCAUCCCUUUAAUUGUAGCCUUCCUAAAUAAUAAACACAUACUCUUUUAAUUUCAUCUUGCCUGUUAACUGCUUAAUUUAUUCAACACUACAUUUUUUUUAAAUAAUGACAAAUUAGGUGUAUAUAUAGAGGGGGGUUAUCUUCUAGUGCUUUUUGACUGUUGAAACUUGAAUUUUAUAUUUCUGGUAUCUUCACUGGUGUCAAUAAAAGCAGAUCAAACUUUCAUGUGUUAGGCC